AUUAGUAUGGCUUCACAGUAGAUAUCAUACAACAUGAAUGUCUGUUAUGCUUUCAUCUUCGUUUCUUUUAUGCUAUUCUGUUCAUAUCUUCCUGUGGUAGAAACAGGAGGAAUUCUGGAGUUGUUGGGUGGUUGGAGUGGUCUCAAAUUGCAUGAGUUAGGAAUUGCCAAGCACAAGGAGCAUGAUGGAGCAAACCAAGUGUUCGUCGGAGCCGCUUUUGCCGUGGUGAUCGAGCAAAAGAGCAAGGAUAUUGGCCAGUGUAAGGAAAAAAUAACUAUUACAUCAACGGCUAAGAGACAAGAAAAGAAACUAUCCACUAAAUGUGCACCUUACGGGAAGAUUAGAAAAGUAAAAAAAGGAAAUGAUGAUGCAGUGGUCGUGGGGACUCUUGACAGCGGAUUUUGUGCUUUCCUACCAAAUGGGGUCAAGGGGGAAGAAUUUUACUACCUUAUGGAUGGGAAAUGGAAACAAGGAAUAUUUGGUGUAGCCAGCUCCGACGACAAAGACCUAACAGAGACUGAGAUCAAUGAAGCAGGACUAGUUGAGAAAAUUGAGAGUGUUCUCAAACAUAAAACAGAAAUCAAAUUAAAUUAAAGUGUUCCAAGCUUCCAGGAAAA